UUAUAUAAAAUAAAUAUAUUAUAUGACGUACAUACAGAAAUAAAUCAUAUAUACCAUACAAACUAUAGAACAACAGGUGUAACAGUGGAUAUUAUACAACAUAAUGGACGGGAAACGUAUUUUGUUAUUGGCACUGAUAUAUACUGCUGUAAUUCAAGAUAUCAAGGCUGCUAAGCUUACAAUAACACCAUCCCCGAAUCUACAGACAGGUGCUACAUCUUUAACAUUACGGUGUUCAGCUGAUGCUAACUCAAAUUAUACUGAACUAAGCGCUAUUGGGAUAAACAAAGUGACCAAGGGAUCAUCAUCAUUAGUGGCGUUUACAACACUAGAUUCGACUGGGUCGUUUAUACGUGGAAAUGGAAUAACAGCACCUAAAUAUGAAAUAAAUGUGGCUUUAAGACCACAAUUAACCAACAACGCCAUACAGGUUAUCAUACAUAAUCCCGACUGUCACGAUACUAGUGAAUAUAUAUGUGAAACAACUGGAGACACUGAUACACCACCUUAUGUAUCUCAGUCGACAGACUAUAAAAAUGUGACAGUUCAAAGUAAUCCUGGUACGGUAGAAAUGAAGAUAUAUCCUGCAAAGAUGAAGUAUGAUGUUGGUGAAAAGAUUGAGAUUACCUGUCAAACAGGUGUUGAAAAUUCUGAAUCAAUCUGGACAUGGGAAGCCAUGCCACCUACUGAUUCAACCAGGGAGCUUAUGCAAAUAGAAGAAUUCCCAUCUGAACAUAUUUUUUCACCUGCCGUAAUGACAGAAAAUGCAAGAACAACGGAGGUUGAUCCACAAACAUCAACACAAUGUGGGUAUAAUACUGGAAGUACAUUGGAGCAUCACGUUGGUAUGGAGGAUGAUGGACUGAAAAUCAGAUGUAUGGUUAAUAACUCAGAACUUUUAAGUGCCAUUAAGACUAUCCACUUAACACUUGAUGACGUCAAGAAAAGAAUGCUACUUGCCGACACAGAACGGAUCAAGUUAGAACAAGAAAAACUGAAACAACAAAUAUCAAAGAAUACAACAAGCUGUAACUGUUGUUGUAAUUAGAUACAAAUAUAUAAUUGAUAUUAAAAAUACGACCAAACUGUAACUGUUGUAGUUAGUUACAUAUAUAUUCAUGUCAGAUUAAAUAUUUUACUUUUACUCUCAACAUUCCUCAUCUUUUUAAACAUAAAUUAUGAAACAGCUAAAUCUGCCUAUUGCAGGUCUUUCUUUAGGUGUGAAAUGUUAUCUAAAUUAUUAAAUAGACAUUAAUUAACUUAUCCAGACCAUAAUCAACUCUAGAUAGCAUCGCUAGCCUGCGAUAUUUACUGGAUUUGAAUCCGAUCUGUUGUUCAACACUCAUUGAUGAAUCUGUUGUUCAACACUCAUUGAUGAUUAAAUCCAAAAAUGGAUAAUCGAGACUAUAUUUUUUUAUCGUACUGACUUUAGUAAUGAUGAUCGAGGCUAGGUUUUAAAAUUAAAACGCUAAUAUCUCUGUUCAAAUUGAAUUUCAUCUAGUUUGUAACUAUUAUAGUGAGAACUCUCAGCUCUUUAUCGAAUCUUCCAUAAUGCCUCCUUAAGUUUUUGCAUCAUGCAUUAUGUUUUCUUUUGGAGGGUGGGGGAAGGGUGUAAAUCGUCUCGGGCAAACCUUUGUUAGAAUGGGAUAAAAAUUAAUAGUAAUAAUAAUAAAAAUAACUGUAAUAUUCUAGUAAUAAAAGAACUAUACUAAGUCA